AUGAAUGAAUCUUGCCAUUGGAUAUAUCUUCAUCACCAAGCAAAGCCGCGUAUCAUCCAUAGAGAUAUCAAACCCAAUAAUGUGUUAUUGGAUUCAGAUUUCUGAGCUCGAAUCAGUGGUUUCGGGUUCGCUAGGUUGAUCCCUGAUGGAGCAACACAAGUGACUGCAAAUGUUAAGGGUACCUUAGGCUACGUUGCACCAGAAUAUGCUAUAUCAGGUAAAGUAACUAAAAGUUGAGAUGUUUAUAGCUUUGGUAUCCUACUUCUAGAACUAGCUAGUGGGAAAAAACAAACUAUAAAGGUUAGUUCCACAUUGAAGAAAACAAUAGUUGAUUGCGCAUUGUCAUUGGUUUGUGAGAAGAAAUUCAAUGAAAUUGUUGAUCCAAGACUAAAUGGUAAUUAUGUUGAAGAAGAACUUAAAAGAGUUGUUAUUGCUGGAUUGAUAUGUGCUCAAGUUUUUCAUGAGAAAAGACCUACCGUGCUUGAUGUGGUAGAGUUAUUGAAGGGUGAAUCUGAAGAUAAAUUUUCACAUAUAGAGAGUAGCGAAAUGUUUAGAAGAUCUGCAACUUCAUAAUACUAUUGAUUGCGACUUGUAGUUACUGAUAAAUGAGCAGGUCGAUCAAGCAAGUCGAGACUGUUUAC